ACCAUCAGUAUAUCUUAAUGACACUAUAGAGUUAGUAAUUCUUUUUUGUAACCUUUUGUCUCUCAGCUUAACAGUUUUCAUGUCCCACACGCAAUAUGCCUGCUAUUCCCUUAGAGACUUAUUUUAUAUUUCAGCGAUCACCAUAGGACAAUAGACUUAGCCAUACCAGUAUUUUGUGUCUUCCACUCCCAUCUUUAAAAAUGAAAAAGAAUAAACUAUACCAGCACUUUGUCUUCCUCUUUGAAUGAUAUGAAAUGGAUGUUGAUGGUAAAAGCAAGCAUCAGCGUCUGAAGAUAAGUGGAUCAGGGUCCCUGGAGAUUCUAAGAUGAUUAAGUACUUUACAUGGGUUAUAUAUAUGAGCGCAGUUUGAUCAAUUCUUACUCAACAAUUCAGGUAAAGCUUCUUUUUCUAAGUUAGAGCAAGAUGAGAGACCAAACUUUAACUGGAACCCUAAGCGCAAAUUUCAAUAAGGCAAGGCCUUAUUUCUUCAUGGUAUGCUUGCAAUUUGGUGCAGCAGGGAUGUAUAUAAUCAGCAUGGUAACUCUCAACCAAGGCAUGAAUCGUUACGUGCUCAUUGUGUACCGUAAUGCUAUUGCUGCACUUGUACUUGCACCUUUUGCACUGCUGCUUGAGAGGAAAACAAGGCCAAAGAUGACUUUGCCAAUCUUCUUACAAAUAAUGACAUUGGGAUUUCUAGAGCCAAUCCUUGAUCAAGGCUUCACUUACUUGGGAAUGAAAUUUACAUCAGCAUCAUUUACAUCUGCAGUUAUGAACGCCGUUCCCUCGGUCACUUUUGUGAUUGCAGCCAUUUUUCGCUUAAUCGAGCGAGUUCGAGUAGCUCGAAUUCGAUCACGAAUCGAGUCAUUGGGGACCCUGGUAAACCCUUUCACAGGAGCUUUACUUUAUGACACUUUACAAAGGCCCCUGUCAUUGAUCUAAAUGGGUAAGUAAACAAGCCACCAUGGAAGCAGUGGCGUCUCAUCUGAUAAGCACUGGAUAUCUGGGACACUAUUAAUCCUUGUAGGUUGUGUUGCCUGGUCCUGUUUCUAUGUACUGCAAUCAAUUACCAUAAAAAAAUACCCGGCAGAAAUCUCUCUUUCCUCCUUGAUAUGCUUGGCCGGUGCAAUCCAGAGUUUGGGAAUUGCCCUAGCUGUAGAGCAUCGCCCUAGUGGAUGGGCAGUUGGCUGGAACUCUAGGCUUUUGGCUCCAUUGUACUCAGGUGUAGUUAGCUCUGGAAUUACAUACUAUGUGCAAGGUCUGGUCAUGAAAACAAGAGGCCCUGUAUUUGUCACUGCCUUCAAUCCUCUCUGCAUGAUAAUCGUUGCUGCUCUUGGUUCUGCCAUCCUAGGCGAGCAAAUUCACCUUGGAAGUAUCAUAGGAGGAGUUAUUAUCGCAAUCGGCCUCUAUUCUGUGGUGUGGGGGAAAAGCAAGGAUUGUCCAUCAGCAUCUACCCCCGCAAAGGUUGAUUAUAUCCAAGAGCUACCAAUUUCAGAAAAGAAUUGUUCUGAUGGCACUAAGCUUGGCAUUGCCACAAUUAACAUUGCUCAGCAGGGUGGAAAGUAAAAGAUAUUCCUAAAAGCAUGACCUUAGAAAAGUAUCAGGAAAACCUCACCUGUUUCAAAGAGUAAUAAAUCUCUGUACAUAAAAGCCUUUCCAUUAGUCUCUUCUCUGCAACUUGUUAGUGAAAAUACUAUGGAAAUUACAUCAAGGCAUGGUACAUGUGAGCACAAAAUAUAUUGGCUUGAUUAAUGUCAUUAUUGUUUAUAGACUAAUAAAGAAAGUACUAUAUAUAUAAAGAGAGGUGGAAUUGCAGACAAAUAACUUUUGCCGCGAUACUUAUGGCUAUCCAAGACAAAUUUUCCUUUUGUUUACCACAAUCAGAAUGUGGCA